UUAUAUUAGUUAACAUGACCUUCACUAUGGUCAGAUGACAGUCCGUGAAACUUUGGAUUUUUCGGGGCGGUGCUUAGGAGUUGGUACAAGGUAUGACUUGCUAGUAGAGUUGUCUACACGGGAAAAAGCAGCUGGAAUUAAACCAGAUUCUGAGAUUGAUGCCAUCAUGAAAGCCACAGCUAUGGAAGGCCAAGAAACCAGUUUGAUCAAUGAUUAUGUUCUAAAGGAUUGGAAUUCAAUGGACUGGUCUGAAGGGUGUGUAAGAAGUAGUCCGCUGAGCUGCCAUGAUCAAGGGAAAGAUGGCUUUUUGAAAUUUUCUGGUUGGAAAUUGCUGGAUGCUCAACAUACAUGGGUGAACAAGAGUAUGAAUCUACAGGAAUAUAGGGAUAAAUGUCUGAGAAAUUGUUCCUGUAUGGCUUAA